GAAUUGUAAGAAAAAGAAAUUUCCAUUGUGCGAAGAGUCUGCACAGCUACAGACCCUCUUGAAUUUCUGGGAAAGUGAAUCGAUUUGACGACCCUUUCAAGAAAAUGCAAAAUCUGUGCCAGUGGGUGAUUUUGAGCGUCUUGCUCUGGAGUCCUCUGACCCAUGCUUCCCCGCCCACCUUCGAGUGGAAAGACCCCAACACCCACGAGAAGCUGUUGUGCGAGAAGUGCCCCCCGGGGAAGAGCAUGGCCAAGCCUUGCACCCGUGACGCGGGCACCCUGUGCAAGCCGUGUGCCAACGAGCACUACACCCAGUAUUGGAACUACGUGGACAGGUGCCUGUACUGCAACGUCCGUUGUAACAUCCUGGAGGUGGAGGUGGGAUCGUGCAACGGGACGCACAACAGGGUGUGCGAAUGCAAGCCGGGCUACCACGCCGAGUCGCUCUUUUGCAUCAAGCACUCCAAGUGCCCGGCAGGAAGCGGAGUGGUUGAGCCCGGUAUCGGAGACUGUCACGAGGCAGCCCUUGACUUUGUAGCAUUCCAACUGAAGUCCCCACGAAAGCUCCAGCGUCUCUAUCGGAAGCUCACUCAAACUCCUCCUGGGACGCAGAAGAAGAAGCCCAUCGAAGAGCUGCAGGUGGACUUCCAUAGCUACUUGCUCCAGCUGAAGAACCUGCAUGGAAAGGAGCGAGCGUGGGAUAUGGUCCAGGUAGUCCUGGUCAAGAUGAAGUUGGAGCACAUUCUGAAGAACGUCCAGAGGAGUUUCUCUGUGGGUUUAUGAGACCCCCGCUCCGUACGGGGCUUUAUUAUAUCGUCCUAAGAAUAGGUAUCAGAUGGUUGGUCAUGGAUUUGUGGACUUGGAUCGUUGAGUUCAACUAUUUAUUUAAAAAAAAAAAAAGAUAGCUUUUUUAAAAUGAAAAAUCAGUUUUGGAAUCCUCUGUUAGGUAUUUGGUUUGAAGAAAAGGGGCCGCAGAAAGGAAGGGGGCCCCCACUUCGUUCAGCUUCUCUAAAAUGCGGUCUACACGACCGUGCGCAGACUGCACUAGGGAAACAGAACAGACCCCUCUCCAUCCUUGGACCAAGCAGCUGCGUUCCAGAAGGAGCCGCCAUUUUGGAAGGGCACAAUUCUUAGCAGCUGCUCAGAAAAUGGCGUCACAACCAUAGGGUCCAGGGAUGUUGAGUGGCCUUCCCUCCUUCU